CGGGCUCGGCUCGGCGCCCCCCGAGCCGCCCUCGCUGGAGCUGCCAGCAGGCCCGCCUGUGCCUGCCUCCCCUGGGGCUUCUCCGGAGGCUGCUCGGUCUCGCUACAAAUAUUAGUGGCUUCGACGCCGAGGCUUCAACAAGGAGCGGCUUCUUUCUCGGCAACUCCCGGGAGCCCCGAGGGCAGCGUGUGUCCCCAUGGCGUUGCUCCUGAGACUCGGCUGCUCGCUGCUGGCCCUCAGCACCUGCCUGCUCCCGAGUGCGCGGGCCGACUGCGGCCGCGACUGCGCCGCCUGCGCCUACCACCUGGGACCCCGCGCCGGCAUCCACCCCCUGGCAUGUACACUAGAAUGUGAAGGAAAACUGCCUUCUGCCAAAGCCUGGGAGACCUGCAAGGAGCUCUUGCAACUGGCAAAGGUGGAUCUUUCUGAGGAUGGCAACAUUGCUCCAGGAGACAAGAAAGAGCUGGAUGAGAACCAUUUGCUUGCGAAGAAGUACGGAGGCUUCAUGAAAAGAUACGGGGGUUUCAUGAAGAAAAUGGAUGAGCUCUAUCGGGCAGAACCAGAGGAUGAAGCUAAUGGAGGAGAAAUCCUGGCUAAGAGGUAUGGAGGGUUUAUGAAGAAAGACUCAGAUGAUGAUGCCCUUGCCAACUCCUCUGAUCUGCUGAAGGAGCUUCUAGGAACAGGGGAUAACCCCGAAGCAGCGCACUAUCGAGAGGUAAAUGAAAAUGACGGCGAUGUCAGCAAAAGGUACGGAGGCUUCAUGAGAAGCACAAAGCGCAGCCCUGAAUUGGAAGAGGAGGCCAAAGAGCUGCAAAAGAGAUAUGGUGGCUUCAUGAGAAGAGUGGGCAGGCCGGAGUGGUGGCUGGAUUACCAGAAACGAUAUGGUGGGUUCCUUAAGCGCUUUGCCGACUCCAUUCUCCCUUCAGAAGAAGAUGGGGAAACUUAUUCCAAAGAAGUCCCAGAGAUGGAAAAGAGAUACGGUGGUUUUAUGAGAUUUUAAUACCUUUCCCUUUAUCCCUUUUGUCCUAAAUGAGAAAGACUGCCUUAUUUGUCAUAACUUAUUGUAACGUGUUGCUUGUACUGUACAGUUUUUUACUGUCCUUGGUUAAUGAUGCAAACUGCGAUUUGUUGUUUCAGGUUCUGUGUUCUUUCAAGUCAAAUAACUACUUUCUGGUUUAGUCAAGUUUCAGUCUGUAUUGUAAUUUCCAUGCUAGAACUAUUUUGAUUACUGUGUUCGUUUUCUUUAAAGAGGAACUACAUCUACAGUAGAGUUGCUUAACUGUACAUACAAUAAUUCUUCAUCCUAACUGCAAAAAUUCUGAAGUGCUAUUUUUUCUCUGUCAUUUAAUCAAAUAUCAUCUCAAAUUUUCUUUAAGCCAUC